AUGGCUGCUGAAGCCGAAAAGCUCGCGGGCGAGCCGGAUUCCAUCGAGACCGGAUGGGUCCGUACUGCCCUCGAGGGCCUGCGGUUGACGUUGCAUCUUGCAAACGAGAAGCGCAUCAAGAUCAUCGUCAACGGGGGCGGGCUCAAUCCGAGAGGGUUGGCGACAAAGACACACGAGAUGAUCAAGGACAAGAAGCUAGACCUGCGAGUUGCAUACAUAGACGGCGACAAUCUCAUGCAAAAGGUUCACGGCCUCCUGCCGGACGCCGCAACGGCUUCGAAAGUCCACCUGGACUCGGCCAACAAGCACGUUCAACUUGCCGAGGACGCCCUGUCUUUUCUCGAGGACCCCGAGCACAUGCCCAUCGUGGCGGCAAACGCCUAUCUCGGAUAUCGCGCCAUAAAACGCGCCCUGGAUGAAGGCGCCGACGUCAUCAUAUGCGGCCGGGUGGCUGAUGCAUCUCCCGUCCUCGGAGCCGCAGCCUGGUGGCAUGGCUGGGACGAAACAGACUAUGAUGAGCUCGCUGGAACGCUGGUUGCUGGCCAUCUCAUCGAGUGUUCCACGUAUGCCACCGGUGGAAACUUUUCCGGAGCGUACAAGCACCCCGUGAGCGCCUUUAUCAACCUCGGCCCCCCGAUUGCUGAAGUCGCCCACCAAGGGGAAUGCGUCAUUACCAAACACGAGGAACUGGGUGGUUUCGUCACCCCAGACACCGUCCGGUGCCAGCUACUGUACGAGCUCCAGGGCAACAUCUACCUCAACAGCGAUGUCAAGGCGGAUCUGAGCGGCGUCAAGGUCCAACCCCAAGUGACAAAGAACCGCGUCCAUGUCUCCGGCGUCAGGGGCUAUCCGCCUCCGCCUACCACAAAGCUGGCAGUGUUCUACAAGGGAGGCUACCAGCUGGAGAUUCUGAUGAAUGCCUGCGGAUACGCAACAGAUCACAAAUGGGAUGUUCAAGAGGCGCAGGUGAAGGGCAAGCUGGACGAAUGGGGCCUGCUGGACAGGCUCGACGUGUUGGACUUUCAGAGAAUCGGCACGCCGCAAGAGAAUCCCGUCUCGCAACUCGCGUCCACGACCUACAUGAGAAUCUUUGCGCAGGCCAAGGACAGGAGCCCACUUCCCCGGCUUCCAGGCGCGCACUGCUCUUGGGACCUCCGCACCCUCGAGCCGAAGCCCUUCCUGGGAUACCUGCCAUCCCUCGUGGACCAAGCGGAAAUCUCCGAAGCCGCCACCAUCCUCACCGACGGCGACGACGCCAGCAAACGGCGCCGAAUCCCCGUCGGGUCGCCUCGAAUCACGGAGCCGCUCCUCCCUCGCCUCAACUACGAAACCGCCAACCCCGUCCCUCUGGAGUCGUUUGGGCCCAAGACAAUGCGGCCCCUGGGAGACGUUGUUCUCGGCCGCUCAGGCGACAAGGGCGGCAACGUCAACCUCGGCCUUUUUGUCCAGACCAAGGACCAAUUCGACUGGUUGCGGUCCUUCAUGACAAGAGACAAGCUCAGGGAGCUGAUGCGCAAGGACUGGCAGGACUGGUACUUUAUCGAGCGUGUCGAGUUCCCCGAAAUUUACGCCGUGCACUUUGUCGUGUACGGCGCGCUGGGCAGGGGCGUCAGCAGUUCCAAGCUGUUGGAUAACCUGGGCAAGGGCUUUGGCGAGUUCAUCAGAGCGGGCUGGGUGCCUCUCCCGACGAGAUUCCUGCAUGAGAACGCGGCGCAUCUGUGA